AUGACUAAUGCAGAAAGUAGAGGUACAUUACAUGUAAAACUUGACUCAAUUAUUGAUCGUCAAGCAGUGAAUGACUCCCACGUUGCAUCUGAUCUUGGCCCCUUCAAAUCUGAUAUUUCUAUUCCCGCUCUAUUCGUGUUCGGAGACUCUUGGGUGGAUAGUGGAAAUGGAAAAUAUAUGGGUAAUCCAAAUCCAUCUUCUGCAUAUUGUGUGGAUUUUAAAGUAGAUAAUCAGAGCAGAGCCUCCAAUGGAAAAACUAAGGCAGAUUUUAUUGCUCAAACUUUUGGAUUACCAUUUCUUCCUCCUUUUUUGAGUUUGAAGAAAUCGGAAAGCAUUCAAUUCGGGGCCAAUUAUGCAUCUUCUGGUUGUGGUAUUCUUCCCGAAACAAAAAAAUACACAUAUGUCAAAUGCUUGGAUUUGGACGAACAAAUUGAAUUGUUUAAGAGUUCCUUGAAGAAUUUAAAAAAUCUUGAUGACUUGUCAAAAUCUCUUAUAUUCAUCAAUAUAGGACAAAAUGACAUGGACCUCAACAAAAGAUUGUCGUAUAAUGGUUCUCUUGACAUGGGAAAAUAUCUUGCCGAACCAUUAGCCACACGAUUACAGAGACUUUACGAUCAUGGUGGACGCAAAUUCCUAGUGAGCAAUUCCCUUCCUCUAGGA